AUGCUAAUGCAAAGGUGGUAUUGGAAGAAAGAAGAGGGGCGGGGAAGAUGGAUUAGUGAGAGUGUUGUUCAUGUGGAAUGGAGGGAAGCAGAAAGAGUUGGGGGAGGUGACAUAAAGGGUGAGGAAAAAAAGAGAGGGAGGGUGGGAUACAGCUGGGUACAGGGUGUCGUGACUCUAGUGGCUGGGGAACCCAAGUUGGCGGUAUCUAUUGCUGUUGUGACUCUCUCUCCUGCGCUGCACUUUACUGGGCUCCACCCUCUGUGA